CAGAUUUCUGGUAUUGGAAAAAUGAAACCAAAUAUACUGAUGAUGGGUUUCAAAGAGGAUUGGCAAAGCUGUGAUUCAAAAGAUAUGCUGGAUUACUUUUAUAUUAUCCAUGAGACACUCAACGCCCAUUUAUCGCUCUGCAUAUUGAGAAUACCCGGCGGUACAAGUUUUGCAAAAUAUUUUGAGACUGAAGACGGUUUUCCGCUAGCUGCAGACCUGCAAAGAAAGCAGAAGCAGAAAAAAGUAGAUCAAUUCCAAGAGCUAAAAAUUGUUUUGGAAACCGUGGAAGAAGAGGAAUCCGUCAUCGAAUGCCAUUCAACGCCCCCACCUUAUGCUUCUAUACCAAAAAUCGACAUAACUCGCUCGUCAUCAUUCGAUGCCAUUACGGUUUGUGAGGAUACUGCAAAUGACAUCGAGAAAGACCUGGAAUUUAUGCCUCCAAACUUCAGCAAAGUAGCAAACAUGUUCCACGUAAAACAACCUAAAGGUACCAUUGACGUCUGGUGGUUGUACGAUGAUGGAGGUCUCACUCUUCUUUUGCCCUAUAUCAUGACUACAAGAAAUCGAUUUAGAGACAAUAAGUUGAGAGUGUUUUCAGUGGCGCAAGACGAUAAUGUGAUCAGUGAGGAACAAAUCAAUUUAGCUGCUCUGCUGAAUAAGUUUCGCAUUCCAUUUUCAGACUUAUCUGUACUUUCAUCUGUUGGAGAGCCGCUGCACGAAGAGAGUUCUCAAAAAUUUGAAACCAUCAUUUCAAAAUGGCUAACCAAAGAUGAAAGUAGAAAAGACAGUACAGCUAUCACAAGAACAAUUUUGAAUAAUCACAAGAUGAAGGACACUGCCAUUGCCUAGAAAGGAUACCUGUCCUGCUCCUCUGUACAUGGCAUGGCUCGAAAUACUCACGCACGAUCUUCCACCGUUCUUGUUAGUGAGAGGAAAUCAGAACUCUGUCUUAACAUUCUAUUCUUAA